ACCACCGGCGGUGCAAGAUGCCACUGCUCGCCUAUAAAAGGCAACAGCUAGGCUUCCUUAAUUCACACAUUGCACAGAAUCUGGUCAUAUCAAACCUGCUGAGAUAUCCCUAUUAACUUCUCGGGAAAAUGGCAGAACUGACGCUCAAGAAGAAGCUUCAAGACAAGGUGGCAAUAGUCACCGGUGGCGCUAGCGGCAUAGGUGAAGCCACUGCGCGGCUCUUUUCUUUGCAUGGUGCGCGCGCAGUGGUGAUCGCCGACGUCCAGGACGAUAAGGGCCAGGACGUAGCGGCUUCCAUCGGCGCUCACUGCAGCUACAUCCACUGCGACGUGAGCAACGAGGACCAGGUCAAGAGCCUGGUCGAGUCAACCGUCCAGACGCACGGCUGCCUGGACAUCAUGUUCAGCAACGCCGGAAUAAUCAGCAAAUCCAAGCAGGAGGUUCUGGACCUUGACUUGUCCAACUACGACAAGCUGAUGGCGGUCAACGUACGCGGGACGGCGGCGUGUGUGAAGCACGCAGCCAAGGCCAUGGUGGAAGGCGGAGUGAGGGGGAGCGUGAUAUGCACGGCGAGCGUUGGAGCGACCAAUGGGACGGAGAUUUUCACCGACUACACCAUGUCAAAGCACGCCAUUUUGGGGCUGGUGAGAUGCGCUAGUAUGCAGCUCGUGCCGCACCGGAUACGAGUGAACUGCGUGUCGCCAGGGCCAACGAUGACGCCGAUCAUGAAUUCUUCUACUUUUCAGUUUGAGAGUCAGGAAGAGAUAGAUAAGCUGCAGUCGACACUAGGGUUGAAAGGAGGCAAGGACUUGAUGACGCCGGAGCAUGUGGCCAGCGCCGUCGUUUAUUUAGCUUCCGAGGACUCUCCGUUUGUGAGUGGCCAUAAUUUGGUCCUCGACGGUGGAUUCAAAACUUGAGAUAAAUUGCCGGAAGUAUUCAUCACUAAAUAACUACAUGCAUAUUCAUGCACGUUCAAAAAUAAAGCUUGUUUGGAUUGUUUGUUUUUCGUACGUUAUGAAAUUAAUUGAAAAAACAGCCAAAUUUUCUUCU